AUGACGUUCGCUACGUCGUCGACUAGUGCAUCAUCACACCAUCAUGAUAAUAUGAUGUCGUCUUCUCUGGUUGACUGGCAACUUUACCGUCAGUCACCAUCAACAACGGGUCCAUAUGGUUCAAGCCUAUGUUGGUCCAAAGGACUGGAGUUCGUUCUAUCCGACCGUCCAGCCUUAGAUGCUUUUCGUGAUUGGAUUUCGUCCAACUCAAUAGCUGAGCCUCUCGAACUGUAUUUUGCCUUAAGAGCAUAUGAACGGAUGGCGCAGCAAGGACAUCCACAGACUGUUGAUUUAGCGACAUCAAUUCACAUGAAAUAUACGUCUCUUCGUACUGGAUGCUGUCACUUCAUUUCGAAAAAAUUACGACAAGAGGUUGGCUUACGUGUCAAGAAGCUGAGCAGUACUGGUGGCGUACCAGACACAUCACUUUUUUCAUGUAUAGAGUCAUCGGUCAAAAAUUUCUUGAAACAACAGCAUGCUCAGUUCGUUUCGUCAGAUGAAUUCCUCGACGUUUUCAAUAAGGUAUCACUAGGUGUAGAUACUCCGCCAAUGAGUGGAAGAAGGAGCAAACGACAUAGUAAUGUUAUGCUAUCUUCAACGCAUGCUGCCAAUCCUCAGUUAACAGCUGAAAUGCUGCUAAGAUCACGUCGCACACGUUUAGGUGAAAGUGUUGUUGAACGUAUGUACUCAACACCAGCUCAUACAGGAUAUAUUGCUCAACCAUAUGUUUGUCGUGCAACAACAAGUCAAAAUGAUAGCGCUGUGAGCUCAUCAUUCUCAUCUGAAGCUCAUCCAACGUCCAGGUUACGAAGUAUACGUGAAGAACAUCGUCGCGGGAACCCAACAACUUUUGCAUUGCCUAGAAUUGAACAUUUUUCGCGAAGUGAUGGCCAACAGUACGAUCACAGCACAGAAGAAGGUAGACGUCACUUUGCAAAUAUCUUACUGAAAAAGUUAGUCCGCGAGUAUCAAAGACGAGAACAGAAUGAGCAAACCGAACGACAACUUCGAGAUAUUGGAGACAGACGUUGCACGGCUCGUGAAAUCGUAUCUAAUACUGAGCCCGUCGACCCUGAUGACGAUGAUGAUCUUGAUAGAUACGUGGAAAGAAUGCGAGAAGAUAGUCAGAAAGCUUCUGCACAACGUUCCCCCAGAUGCCAGUUACUAUCUCCUUGCCCUCAUUCACCGAACCGUGAAAGAAGUCGAUCUGGCCCUGCAGGGCCAACGAUCCCGACCUCAAAUGUCAUAAGUAGCUCGAAUCCGUCAACUGCGCUUCCAGCUUGUUCUUCAUCUUCGACAGGAAUUCCAGGAAUCAGCUCAAACGGCUUCAUGCCACUCAUGACAUCAUCUGACUACCCAUUUGCAUCAAUGGCACUUCCACCAGCUCCUUCAUCAGCACAUGGUCACUCUUAUUUGAGCUCACCUGGAAUGAAUACCUUCAAUUGUUAUAAAACGAAUGAUUAUAGUACAAGGAGCGCUGUAUAUGAUUCAUCGGGUAUAGAAUCCAUGGCUCCGUCCGACCAUUCAAAACACUCAAGCCACACUCGUCGUAUCCUUACAGCCCCGAGUGCUAACCACAGUCGAAAAUCACGUUUACGCACUCAUGGUCAUUCCUCUUCGGGUGUUUAUCCUCUUAUCACUAUAUCCUAUAAAGGAGCUGAUGGAGUCCCAGUCGUAGCACAUGUGCCAUAUGUGAACGGCAUGAUGACAUUAAGAGAGUUUCGAAAACAUCUAUCUGUCUCAUCAAGCCAACACGUCCAAUUCUUUUUCAAAUCACCCCUAGACGAUGAUGAUGAUGAUGAAAUAUCGUGCGCUCCAUAUCAGCUCUUACUUAUCAACGACGACUCAUCGAUAUUACCAGUCUUCCGAGGAAGAAUAACGGCCGAAUUGAAAAGUAGCUCACCUCAAUAG